ACCCUUCUCUUCUCUUUCCUUUCCAGAUCAUUGCACACGGCCACGGCGGUGCCGAAUCCUUGGAACGAGAAUAAAAACGUAUCCUCCGGGCAAAAAUGGCAGUUGAAAACAACCUCUUGAGAAUAGAUUUGCGUUGUUUUGGCUGCCAUUGUCGCCAGCACCAUCAUCAUCACCAGCACCGGCGUCAGCAGCAGACCAGCAAACAACCGGCCGACCAGCAACACUAGUAAGCGGCGGCGGACACGUUGAUUUUCCACCGCUUUCACCGAAAAGGAAAUUUGCCUUCAGGGCAGGAAAAGUUUCAGACGAGCUGUGUGCCAUUUUUUCUGGCUGUGGAAGUGCGGAAGUAGCAGCUGCGGAAGUGGAAACUACUUGUAAGUGAAGUUACGGUCCUAUCUUCACUCUCCCUAGUCGGUCGAUUUCACUCUGCCUUGUACUUCGGAGAACCCAAAGUAAUCCUCCAUCGACCUCCUUUUUCAGUACCGAAGGAUACAGUAGCAAAUGAAGAAGUAUGCAAAUUAAUUAAUCCUUACAAAGUGCCGAGCUAAUAAGACAGAAAAAGGGGGUUUCCGUCGGUUUCCUUAUCAGAUGAAUGUUUUGUCAUCGAUCUCAUUCACGCCGUCGACAUCGUCACCAUCACCCUCAACUUCCGCUGCACCUGCCACCACGACACCAUCCUAGGGCUAGACCUCCAAUUUCGUAAACACCGCAACGACAGCAUUUAAUUCGUGCCAAGAUAAUCUGAAGUCUAAAUUCUAAGCAAAACCGAGCGAGAAAGAGCGUAUCAAGAUUUAGAAAGAUCGACAAAAAGUAGAAUUUACCCUUUUUGUAGAAAACCAAAGACCGGUUAGGAACGGAACGCACAUAUCCGAUCCCCCACGAGCGUAGACGGAUCUUCUUUUGAACAGGAGAAGGACAACCUAGAAGCCCACGGUGUGCCUCAACAAGCCACAGCAGCAUUUCCCCUUUUCAGACUGUUUUUCUGUCCGAAAUUGAAACCAAAAAAACGUGUGAACAGUAGUGGUAUACAUUUAGGCGUAACGUGACAAACUAGUGCAUACAUUUAGGCGUAAGGUGCACAAACAACCCCCGUACCCUAGGCAGUAAUCUAUACAGUAGUCGAUAAGUGUAACCUAGCAAAAAAGAAAUGGGUAACAAAUGCUGCAGCAAACGGCAGGACCAGGAGUUGGCCCUGAGCUACCCGGGUGGGUACAAAAAGGGCGAAAAUUCCUUCACCUCCAACAUGUCCGGCCCGAAGCACAGCAACGGAGGCGGUGGGUCGCUGGACUCGCGCUACACGCCCGACCCCAAUCGAGGGCAGCUCAUCAAGGGAAUCCCCAAGGGGGGAGUUGACAUCAUCCGACCGAGGACGACACAGUUACACCCCGGUUUGAACACCCGACGGAUAGUGGUGGCCCUGUACAACUACAAUGCCCGCGAGGAAACCGACGUCAGCUUCGUCAAAGGCGACCGAAUGGAAGUGCUGGACGACACCGAAUCGGACUGGUGGCGCGUGGUGCACCUGAAGACCCGCCAGGAGGGACUCAUUCCGUGGAACUUUGUGGCCGAGGACCGGAGCGUCAACAGUGAAGACUGGUUCUUCGAGAACGUAUCGCGGAAGGAGGCGGACAAGCUGCUCCUGGCGGCGGAGAACCCGCGGGGUACCUUCCUGGUGCGACCGUCCGAGCACAACCCGAACGGGUUCUCGCUCUCGGUCAAGGACUGGGAGGAAAGCAGAGGCUACCACGUGAAGCACUACAAAAUCAAACCGUUGGACAACGGUGGCUACUACAUCGCAACGAAUCAGACCUUCCCCUCGCUGCCGGCGCUGGUGCUGGCGUAUUCAAAGAAUGCCCUCGGCUUGUGCCACGUGCUGUCUAGUCCAUGUCCAAAGCCGCAGCCACAGGUGUGGGACCUGGGCCCGGAGCUGCGCGACAAGUGGGAAAUCAACCGGAACGAGAUCCAGCUGAUCCGCAAGCUGGGUCACGGCAACUUCGGCGAGGUGUACUACGGCAAGUGGCGCAACAACAUCGAGGUGGCCGUGAAGACCCUCCGAGAGGGCACGAUGUCCACGCAGGCUUUCCUGCAGGAGGCAGCUAUCAUGAAGAAAUUCCGUCACAGUAGGUUAGUCGCGUUGUACGCGGUCUGUUCCAAGGAGGAACCGAUCUACAUCGUCCAAGAGUACAUGUCCAAGGGUAGCCUGCUGGAUUAUUUGCGAACGGGUGACGGGCAGUUCCUACAGUUUGAAGACCUUAUCUACAUUGCCGCCCAGGUGGCCUCCGGUAUGGAGUAUCUGGAACUGAAACAGUUGAUACAUAGGGACCUGGCGGCCCGGAAUGUACUGAUAGGGGAGAACAACGUGGCGAAGAUCUGUGAUUUUGGACUGGCGCGGGUGAUAGCGGACGAUGAGUACUGUCCGAAGCAAGGAUCUCGAUUCCCGGUCAAGUGGACCGCUCCGGAGGCGAUAGUGUACGGCAAAUUCUCGAUCAAAUCGGACGUGUGGUCCUACGGCAUUCUACUGAUGGAGCUGUUCACCUACGGUCAGGUGCCCUAUCCGGGAAUGCACAGCCGCGAGGUCAUCGAGCAGAUCGAGCGGGGCUACCGAAUGCCAAAGCCAACGAAUCAUCACCUGCCGGAUGACAUCUACAGCCUGAUGCUCAAGUGCUGGGAUGCCAUACCGGAGAAGCGCCCGACGUUCGAGUUCUUGAAUCACUACUUCCAGAACUUCACCGUCACCUCGGAGGUGCCCUAUCGAGAGGUGCAAGACUAAUGCGGGGAAUAGGGUCUUAAGUGAGAAUGAGUCUGAGCGAUCUUUUCGGUUAAUACUUUUAGAGCAAGUUUGGGUUUUGUCGUUCUUUCGGGUAGAUCGUCGUCCUCCUCUCUAAUCGCUACUAGAAGAACGUUAGAAUUUGUAUUCAUACCUUUGAGUAAUUGCAUUGUGAAGCGCGAAUGCACAAACACAGAUACACUGAAACACACCCACACAUUGACACACCGCUAGAAGGCUAAUCGUAUGUAAACGUAAAAUGUUGCAAAAAAAAUGAAAUGAUCGAAAAGAAGCCAGGUUUUUGUUUUAUUUAAACGGCUGAAAAUACUAGAUUUGGAAGAGACGCAUAAAAAAACAGUUACUGCCAUGAGCGACAUAGUUCUGUUAAAAUGGGAAAUCAACAAAGACGCAACAACUGCGACACGCACAUGGCAGAGUGAAUUGGAAUAUGUGCACCGUUGGAGUACAUCACGGGAGGGUGUUAUGGUGGGAUCGUUUACACUGGGUGCGGCAUUACAGAUUUCUGCCGAUAGGAUCUGUACUUGGUCAUGUUUAGGAUAUGGAGCCCACGGGACAGUACAGUGAUUGUAUGCCCCCAACUUCUUUAUUGAAUGCAUUUCAAAAUUCUUUCAAGUCAAUAUAAUUUGUCAAUCCGAAUCGCUUUUAUGCAACUUAUUACACGGUCAUCCCGAUCCGCUUUCAAACAAUCUAUUGUGCGGUUAACUCAUUUCAUUUGCAAUCAACUUAUUACGCGAUCAUCCCGAUUCGCUUCUAAAAACACAUUGCACGGUCAUUUCGGUCCGCCUCGAUUCGGGAUGACUGCGCAAUGAGUUAACUCAUCGCACGGUCAUCCCGAUUCGCUUUUUUACAACUUAUUGUGCGGUCAUCCCAAUCCGCUUCCGAGAAAUUUAAUGUGCGAUGAUCUCGAUCCGCUUCUGCAAUCUCGUGAAGCAUCUAAUGGAUAUGAGGUGUAGUCAGCACAAAGAAGCUGGAAUCCAGAGAAUAUAAACCAGUCGAUGAAUUUAAUUUUUCGAUGUUAGGGCUAGCUGAGUUUUAGCAUCAAAAGUUUGAAUCACCGCUCAAUGGCUCUAUCUUUUUCAAUAGAUUUUUGAGACGCCAAGCAACCUGUGUAAAUUACCCAUGUACUAAAAGCUAAACUAGUCGUCAAUCUGAGAAAAAUGUGUGAAAAAAAUCUUUUGUAAUAUAAUUUCUUUAUCAUUAGUGUCCACCACAAACCACGUGAAAAAGCAUCCAGGAUAAGAUAAAAAUAUGACUCGCUCUCAUCUAUUUAGUCCAAUUACCAUAAACAUUUCCAUUACCUAUUGGAUGCGGAUAGUAGUUCAUACAGUAGUGAAAAUAUCUAUGCAUUGGAAAAACGAAAACUAAAACGAACAUGUAUGAAAACUGCCAUUUUUCCCGUGAACUCAUGUAUCUAUCACACACUACUCCGUUUCAGUUUAAAGAAGUUGUUACUAAUUUCGAUAGUUCAAAAUUAUAUUUUGAUCGGACAACCAAGAAAUAAAACAGUACACUGAAACAAAACACUAUUUCAGACGGUCGUGAGACGGAAGGAUAAAGAUGCUAAGCUUAGCCAGAUCUUGUUGAGACAAACUACAUAUGUGUGUAAGCUGUAAAAUGUAUAGCACAUAUGCUUCUGAAAAUUAAGCAAACAUAAAAUCAGCCACUGCACUAUCACUAAAUGGAAACAUGCGAGCGAAAUUGAAGCGAAGCAUUAUAUAUGAAGCUACGAGUAUGCAUUAAAAAACGAAUAAAAACUGGAUUCGUUAAGUGGGCGCUAGUAAACUGAACACUCUUUUAUGACUAUUUAUAUUUAUAUAAAUUAAUUUACUGAACAUACAAACUGUAGAAUUUAAUCUAUUACCCGUUACAUCUCGGUUUGAGUCAUCAUAGCGCAAACUAAAGAAAAUGACAUGCUAUAAUUUUAUUAGCAACCAAACAGGAAUCACACCUUUUACUAACUCUUUCUCUCUAUUGAAUAUCUUUAUCCCAAGAAGCAAAAGAAAAAGACGAGGAUAGGAAUGGAUGCGAAACUAACUAAAGAAUAAAGGUAAACAUUAUUUCUGUCCAGAUGAACAACAAUGAUAGGGAAAUAAAGACAAUUGCCAAUAAACAAUAUACAAUACUUCAAAUUUCAAAACUACACAAAUGCAUUUUCACACAAACAAACAGUAGCGAAAAAAAGGUUUUAAAACAAGACAUAAAUUUUCACGCAUUACCUACCACAGUAAACCAAACCAUGGAAAACAACGCUCUAACAACAAAUUUUUAACCGAGUUUCCCUCCCACGCUAGUGGCGAGAAAUCCGAUUUUUACUAUUAUAGCUGAAAUAUCUGCUGAAUUUUAUAUACACAACAAACAAAAACGACACAACUCAACGGAAAAGGACAGAACAUUUUUCAAAACCCGUUUUUGACAGAGCUCAAAACAUGCAAAACUCACGCAUACUCCCAUAAAACAUCCAUGUGAAGAAUAUCCCUCAGAAGCAGACUAUAAAAAAACUGAAGAAUGGUCGUUGGAAGGCGUGAACGAAUGCGAAUCCUAGUGAGUAAGGAGUAAGUAAACGCUAAACUACUAAGAAAACAAACAGUGAACGGAUAAAUAGAAACUGAAAACAAGUGAAGUUAAACAGCACAUUAAGCAAGAAAAAAAACAAAACAGUAAUCAUAAGCUACUCGUAAUAAGAUGAAAAUGACACUCACACAUACGCGCGAGCGCACACACACACACACACACACACACACACACACACACACACACACACACACACACACACACACACACACACAUAAACAUCAAACAGACUCGCACCAAACACCAGACCCUCAGACCCUCACUGAUUCCCUCUCUUUCUCUCGACGGAGUUGGAAACACGCGGACAACAAGGAAAACUGACAUUCACACACAGACACAGACACAGACUGAGACACACAUACAUGAAAACAAUACAGUAACCGGACAAUUAUCGGGCAAGAGUGGGUUGUGUUGUGAGGAAAAGAAACAAAAACCAAUUCUAUGUUUAGUGGUUUGUUGUAUGAUGAAUACAAAAACAAUAAAAAUGAAAGGAAAUCUUUGAAAAAAAAA